AUGGGUUCAGCAGCUGACGAUGAAGUGGAAGAAACUGACCAACCAAUUCAAGCUCUACAACAACCUGCUAUAACUGAGGAGGUUAUGAUUUUAACAAUUGAAGUCAUGCUUGCUUGGGCUGAAAAGAUAGUAGAAUAUUUGGAAAGAGGUGUUCUUCCUGAAGAUAAAAAGAAAGCAAUCCAAUUAAAGAUAAAGGCUGCUCGGUUUACUUUAAUAAAUGGAACUCUUUACAAACGAGGUUUCAUGUUACCUCUUCUUAAGUGUGCUUCUAAAGAAGAAGAUAAUGGCAAACAAUUCGAUUGUGAUUCAUUCUGGGAAUGGUGUGCCAAGCUUCAUAUCAGAAAUUAUUUCUCAUCUUCGGGACAUCCUCAAGCAAAUGGGCAGGUGGAAGCAACAAACAAGACUAUCUUCAAAAUUUUGAAGAAAAAGCUUGGUAAGCGCAAAGGGAAUUGGGCAGAGGAUCUUCCAGAAGUUUUAUGGGCAUAUUGCACCACCAAAAGAACUCCAACUGAGGAAAAUCCUUAUGCAUUAACCUUCGGAACCGAGGCAGUCAUUCCAGCUGAAGUUGGGUCAGGAAGUUUUUGUGUAGAGACCUUCAAAUCAAAGCUUAAUGAUGAAGGCCUAAAGCUACAUCUCGAUCUGUUGCAAGAAAAACGAGACCAAGCCCAAAUAACCUUGGCAGCAUAUCAAUGA